AUGUUUCCACAAUAUGGGAAAUCCAUCGUCUUUGACAACUUUCCAGAUCCCACUGACACCUGGGAGAUCAUCGAGACCAUCGGGAAGGGGACGUACGGGAAAGUCUACAAGGUUCUCAACAAAAUAGAUGGAAGUAAAGCAGCCGUGAAGAUACUGGAUCCCAUCCAUGACAUUGAUGAGGAGAUAGAAGCUGAGUACAACAUCCUCAAAGCUUUGUCCGACCACACCAAUGUCGUCAAGUUCUUUGGGAUGUACUACAAGAAGGAUACGAAAUGUGGAGAUCAGCUGUGGCUCGUUCUGGAGCUUUGCAAUGGCGGCUCGGUGACGGAUCUGGCCAAAGGCAUGCUGAGGAGAGGGGACAGAAUGGACGAACCCAUUAUUGCCUACAUCCUGCACGAGGCCCUCACGGGUCUCCUGCACCUGCACGUCAACAAGACCAUCCACCGCGACGUGAAGGGAAACAACAUCCUGCUCACGACGCAUGCAGGAGUCAAACUCGUGGAUUUUGGUGUCUCGGCCCAGCUGACCAACACCCGUCUGAGGAGGAACACCUCCGUUGGAACUCCCUUCUGGAUGGCUCCCGAG